UUUGGGUAGGCAUAAUUGUACACAAACUUCUCCUUAGCCACAUUUUGUCAAUUCAUUUUAUUGCCCCCUAUUUAACAAGGCCCCUUUUUCAAAAAUUCUUCAUUUUGGUCCAACAACUAAUCCUAGCAAACCCUUCAUUCUCCAAAUGGCUCAGAUGAAAGUGGUAAUGAAGGUUCUUACCAUGUCUGAUGAAAAGACAAAGCAGAAAUCCAUAGAAGCUGCAGCUGAUAUUUUAGGGGUAGAUUCAAUAGCAGCAGAUCUAAAGGAACAGAAACUAACAGUGAUAGGAGAAAUGGAUGCAGUGGCAGUGGUGAAGAAGUUGAAAAAGGCAGUGGGUAAAGUUGAUAUAAUAUCAGUAGGGCCAGCUAAGGAAGAGAAGAAAGAGGAAAAGAAAGAAGAGAAAAAAGAGGAAAAGAAAGAGGAAAAGAAGGAAGAAAAGAAAGAGGAAAAGAAAGAAGAGAAGAAAGAAGAGCCGCAGAAGUGACUUAUUAUUAUCCUCAAAUUAAAAGAGAAUAUCUCCAUUUGUUAGACAAUCCAAACAACCAUAAAAUCAUUCAAAGCUUUUUGUUAUAACAAGGUGAUAAAGAAGCUUUGGGUCUUCAAAAAUUGUUAAUUGUAUACGCAAUUGCAAGUAUGAAUCGCUUCUUUGUCUCUUUAGACUAAAUAAAAUUUUGAGAAACUUUUGUCUUGA